UCAUAGUUAGAAAGGAUAAAAAUGAAAGACUCCUUUGUGGACAAAAUAAUUUGUGCAAAUACUUGAGCUCUUAGUUGUACCGGGAUAAUGAAUAUAGUCUAAAACAACAAUUUAAUUGAAUAUCAUUGUAAAGACAAUUGUGAUGGAUAAUUUAGAAUUCAUGUGAAUUCACAAGACAAAAAGUAGAAGAAAGGAUAGAAAGAAGGACUAAGAAGAUGUCUCGGUGAGCUGUCUUAUAAAACUAAAGGAAUCUCUUGCUAUCAGAUAUGUAGAUUAGUACAUGUGAUACUUUUAUAUACAAAUCAUGUGAUCUGACAAUAAGAUAAAAAGUAGAAGAAAGGAUAGGAAAUUACAAAUACGAUAUUGAUCUACUUUGGUGAUACAGGAAAAUACAGAUCAGUAUCCGGUUUUUGCCAUAAUUCGAAAGAAAACAAAUCGUCGUCUAUGUAGUAACAGUAUGGCGUUCAGGAAACAUAAUAUGUUAAAAUACCUAAUGUUUGUUUUCGUUGGUGCAUUAUUUCUUGUAAAGUACAAGCCUUUAUGGACACAUGUCGAGCACCCUGAUCUGGAUGAGUAUUCUUAUUACGAAGAUAUAAAGAAUCUUAAGUACCCAGUUAAAGUACAACCGAACUUAAUUCGCAUCGUAAAUCCGUCAAUUCCAAAGUUCCCUAUUACCAGUUACGCUCCAUACCUGAUUGAGAACCCAUACCUCUGCAGCUCCGUUUACAAUUUGACAGUACUUGUAGUUGUGAAUACUGCGGCAGAUCACUUUGAACGCAGACAAACAAUCCGAGAAACAUGGACAAAUAGCACAUAUUAUUCUCAUCUAGCCACAGUAAGGGUGCUGUUUCUACUUGGUAGAACUGAAAACCGUAUUGUUCAAUCUGGCAUUCAAAUGGAGUUUGAAGAACAUAAAGAUAUUUUGCAAGGUGAUUUCAUAGAUUCCUACUUCAAUCUGACACAUAAAGGUGUAAUGGGCUUAAAAUGGGUCACAGAAAGGUGUCGUAAUGCAGAGAUGGUUCUUAAAGUGGACGACGACAUUCUUGUGAAUAUGUUUCUUUAUUUGUAUAAACUUAGACAUGAUAAAACUCUAGAAGCGGUGAAUGUCUACUGUGAUUACGAGUCUGAAGAAGUUAUCAGAGAUAAAACUAAUAAAUGGAAUGCCGGUGAAGACCACUUUAAAGGGAUAAAAUGGUAUCUAAAAUUUUGCAAAGGCAAAUUUGUGAGUAUGACUAAUGACAUAAUGCCGUCGUUAUACCUGUCUGCUUCAAAAACACCAUUUUUUCACCUUGACGAUGUACUGCUUUUUGGAUAUGCGAUGCACAAAAUCCCUGGCCUGAGAUAUCAAGCACUUGCAGAAGAAGAAAUGCAAGAAAAUAGUUUAAAAGCAGAGCAGUGUUUAGAAAUUCAACGAGAAAAGUGCAAGUAUCUUCUCAUUCACGCAAAUAGUAAAAGUGACAUGAUAGAUGUUUGGUCUUCGGUCAGGAAUCAUUACAGAUCUAUUAAUUUAUGAUAAAUAAGAUUAAAACGAGCAGUAAAAUGGACAAAAUGGAUAUUUGGUUUGUAGUCAUGAAUCAUUUAUAAACUUUACAUAUUAAGAAUGUCAAUCAAGUGAGUGGUGAAGUGAUCAUGACAAAUAUUUGGUACUGAAAUAUUUUAUGAAAUGUAUUUGUUUUCUUUUGAACUGGAUUUUAAAUCUCUUAAUUAGUUCUACAAGUAGAUGAUAAAGUGUAACUGUUUCGAGAUUUGUAACUUUUCUAAAAUGGACUGGUCCAUCAUUCAAUUUAGCCACUACCACUUAUUAUUCAAAGGGGCGUUCACUGAAAAUAUAUUAACUGGAUAGCGAACAGUGCAGACCACGGUUGUGCAGGCUGACCUUGGUCUGCACUGGUCGCAAAGGCAGGAUCAUUUGCCACCAGCAGGCUGAAGGUUAAAUAAACGUUGCUAUAUUGUUUAACAGUAUUACACGACUGUAGAACAAUCUGUUUUUAAUAUUGUUGAUGAACUAGAAUUAAAUUGUUAAGUGUC